AUGACUUCUCGAGAAGCUAGCCAUGCUGGCUCAUGGUACACUAGAAACUCCCACGCACUCUCUGCCGAGCUGGAUCACUUCCUUGAACAGGUCCCUAGCUCUAUCAAAAGCCAUCAAGUUCCUAUCCCGAGGGCACGAAUUAUCAUUGCUCCCCAUGCAGGAUACACAUACUCUGGCCCUACUGCGGCAUGGGCCUACAAAACCCUCGACCUCUCGAAAGCAAAGCGAAUCUUCCUCCUCGGUCCCUCUCACACUAUACAUCUUCCAGGCUGCGCACUCUCAAAACACGCCAAAUACUCUACUCCACUCGGAGAUCUCACCAUUGACUCGGAAACCGUGAAAGAGCUACAUGCGACGGGGAAGUUUGACACUAUAAGCAGGGACACGGAUGAGGUCGAACACAGCUUGGAGAUGCACCUUCCAUAUAUCUACAAGAUGCUCACCCUCGGCUUUAAGUCCAGCGAAGACUACCCAACCCUUGUUCCCGUCCUGGUAGGCAGUACAUCAGAAACGUUGGAAAAUGCCUACGGCCAGAUCUUUGCCCCUUAUCUCGCGGACCCCACAUCAGUCUUUGUCGUGUCGUCUGAUUUCUGUCACUGGGGUGUGCGUUUUCAGUAUACAUACUAUGUUCCGAAUAAUUCAAAGCCGGGAUCUAGCGGUAUCAGCUUGAGGAGGCGCGACGUAAACCCCAGGGAUCCUGAAAUACACGAAAGCAUCGGGCAACUUGACAAGAUGGCUAUGGAUGCAAUCGAAGGAGGAAAUCACAAGAGCUUUCUUGAAAACCUAAGAGAGACGGGCAAUACUAUAUGCGGGAGGCAUCCGAUCGGUGUGGUGAUGGCUGCGAUUAGUGCUUUGAAGGAGGAAGGCAGGAUUACUCCCGAGCAAGGGAAUUUCAACUUCGUCCGGUACGAGAGAAGUGGAGAUGUAGUAGAUAUCAGCGACUCCUCGGUCAGCUAUGCAAGUGCAUAUGCUGUUAUGUGA